AUGGCUUCCAAAAGCAUGUGGCUGCUGCUACUGCUGAGCUGUGUGGCCAGCACCAAAGUCCUGGGUGAUAUCAUCCUGAGACCCAGCUGUACUACCGGAUGGUUUUACCACGUGUCCAAUUGCUGUGGAUACUUCAGGAAGCUGAGGAACUUGUCUGAUGCUGAUGUAAGAAAUCUGGCCCAUGCUUGGACUGGUGUCUCUAAAGCAAGGGGCCACCCAGAGCUCCAGGCCUCAUUUGACUCAGAAUCAAGGGUUCUUCUUUGGCAUUCUGAGAAGUCACCUAGCUGUGAAAUGGAGAAAGGAGGGUAUGUGUUCAACUCAUUCAAUUUUGUAAGCAUUGAUAGAUCCCAGACCCUAGAUAGGCUACAAAGACAUAAGAAUGAACAAGAAACGGCCUCUACCCUCAAGGAGUCCACUCUCAGGAAGAAAGACAGAAAUACAUAA